UAUCAUCAUCAAUAAAACAUUGAUCCAUAAAUAAGAAAAUUUAUAUAUUUGAAAAACAACAAAUUCAACAAUCAGUUACAUCAUCUCAUCAUUCUCAUACAUUUGUCUAAUUAAUAUCUACAUUUUGUAUUUACGAUAAUCCACCACCACCACCAAUUGUUGUUUAUAUAUUUAUAUAUCAUGAAUAUUCUAAGCCAAAAUGUUCGUGAUCUGGUUAGUCAAGAUUUUACCGAAUUAAGUUUAGAUAUUGAUGGCCAUUAUCUACUCAUUGAUAUUGGUGCAAAUUUAACUAAUCGAAAAUUUGCUCGAGAUCUAGAAUCGGUAUUACAACGUGCACAUGAUGUUGGUGUGAAAAAAAUUAUUGUCACUGGUACAUCGAUAAAUUCAAGCCGUGAAGCAUUACGAUUAGCACGUUUACAUCCAGAUAUAAUCAUUUUCACUGCAGGUGUCCAUCCACAUGAUGCCAAACAAUGGACCGAACAUUCAGAAUCAAUAUUAAGAGAAAUGGCAUUGAAUAGUGAAUGUGUAGCAAUCGGUGAAUGUGGCCUUGAUUAUAAUCGUGAUUUUAGUCCAAGAGAUAUACAACGUGAAGUAUUCAUGAAACAGAUACAAAUCGCAAUCGACCUUAAACGGCAAGGUAUAAAUCUUCCAUUAUUUCUACAUGAACGUGAUGCACAUGAAGAUUUUGUUAACAUUCUUGAUCAAUAUAAAGAUUGUUUACCGAAUAUUGUUGUACAUUGUUUUACUGGUAGCCAACAGGAAGCAUUAAAAUAUUUAGAUAUGGGUUUCUAUCUUGGUAUCACUGGUUAUAUUUCAAAAAUGAAACCAGAAAACGGUCUGAUGCAGCUGUUUCAGGAGAAAAAAAUUCCUCUUGAUCGUCUAAUGUUGGAAACCGACAGUCCAUAUUGUUUUCCAAACAUACGUAGUAAUAAAUUGUCACAAAAAAUCAAAGAUUCAUUGACGGAAAAUUCACUUAGCUAUCUUAAUCGUUAUAGUUCAUUUCAACGAAACGAACCAUCUAGUCUUCCGAUUACAUUGGAAAUUGUUUCAGCAUAUUUGGAAAUGAAACCAGAAGAUGUCGCCCUAAAGACCACUUUGAAUGCAUUGAAUUUUUUUGGAAUUUCUUGUUGAAAAGAAAAUUGAAAUCAAAUCAUGUGAUUGAAAGCGGCCGCAAAUAUUUGACAUUUGAAUUUUUUUUUAUUAUUAUAUUUGUUUUAAUUUCAUCAAUUUUUUUUCGAACAACAAAUGAUG